UAUCGCUGGGACUGAAGAAAGCGGAUGUUAUUCUCGACAAAUAAGCUCCACAUGCAGUGCGCAACUGUAUCUGCAUAGUCAGGUGAAAAAUUGUUCGGAAUGGAAGACAAUGCCGUAUUAUUAUGAACUCUAGGAAAGAUGUUCCUCCCGAAAUGAAAAGUUUAAUCAAUGUGGAAACGGGGGUUUUGAUAAAGAGGUCCAUCUCAUUGUCUAAACUGUUUGUUAACUUUAGUGUUUCAACUGAUUAAUGGUCUUAAACAUCGGUGUUCUAUACGUACAAACGAUUAUUUCGUUAGAAAAGUUUACUUUAUUCUCAAAGAUAGAAGGAGGAUAUUAAAAAAAAAAAAGAAAUGUGAGAAAUGACAUUUCGCUUUUAACUAACAGCUUGACGUCAUUCAAAAUGGCUUUAACUAAGAACAAGGUAGAACCAAUAGCACCAGAUAAACCUCCACAUUCAAUCAAGAUGCAGACAUCUGACGAUCCUUCAGAAAGCGAACCAGCAAUAAGAAAAGUCGUGGAUGAAUUAAACGGACGGACGAGAGCGAUGAAGGCUGCCAACUGUAACUCUCUGGUGUGGAAAGAUACACACGGAAACUUCUUUACAACAUUCGAUUCCAAUAGUCUCAAUGAGACGUACAGACUUUCUGACAUUCUGGAUGCCUUUAACUUUGACAAACCCGAGCUGAUCAUCCGGUUGUUGGGAGUCGCCGAUCAAAGCAAUGAUUCAAUGUACGUUCACAGAGAAAUGCCUGACCUCGAGUAUUGUGUAUCUUAUACUGGCAAAGGAGGAAUCAUUAUUUUACCCCAACCCCUGAGAAGAAGAUUUAUCCAGUUUAUUCAUGAUGUUGGUGCCUGGGUUGUAAGUGACUAUGAAGGUACAGAUAUAAUUGAAAGCACAAAUCAACCAUAUGUUUUACCUAAACAGCUAAAACCUAAGUUUUACUCAGACAUUUCUUUGUGGCCACCAACUUUCCCCUAUAGUUCUGUACGCCUAGCUUACACUAGCAUACCUAAAAGCAUAGGCAUUCUAAAUACACCAGAUACGGAUGACACGUACUUUGAAAGUGUAAUUCUAACAAAUGGUGACCAGGGAACUUUAAGGAAAUUACUAGAACUUGUGCGACAUGACAAAGCGAAAGAAAAAGCCUGCCAACUGAAAAGACUAAAUGUUAUUCUUUUAAAGGGAAGUGGUGGUUUAGCAGAUACAUUGGCCAGUGGUCUACUUGAGCAAUGGAGUUACCAAGAUUUCCAGCAUGAGUUGGCCAAACUAGAUCUAGAUGUUCCAAAUGAGAACUGCUCUGUAGGAAGUGCUCUUCACAAUGUAAACUCACACAAGCAAGUUAAACAACCAAAGUCUGGUUGCGUCAGUGCAAAUGUUAUGACAUUUUCAGAGGAAGACUUGAAAGAUUUAUUUGCAGUUUCAACCGUCUUUGAAGCAGAUCUGACUCUCAGUGAUUAUGGACUGAACAAACAAAUUCUAUUGUCUAUAUUGAAAGUUUACCCGGAGAAGAAAUGGAGGUUGCUGAAGCUGUGUGUAGAACUAGACUGCUUCGAUGUGGCUCAGAAGUAUGUUUUACCUGAUAGGAUGUUAAGAGAUCUAAGUCUUCCUGUAGUUCAGUCUGCCUUCCUACUAAAUCGGAUCAAGUUUAUUGAAUACUUUAUAAGAAUCGGAACAUUUGGAAAAAUGCAAGAAGACGAAAAUGUCAUGUCAAGUAUUGUAACAGACUCGAGAGCCAUGAGUUUUAGUGACGACACUCUUUGGAAAGCUAAACAUUGGUACAAAAAUGAUUUUUUUGGUGUGUACGACCAUCUGUUUAGACAGUGUUUAGUGAGUAAUAAAAUAGAACUUUCUCAAAUAUUUUGGUUACGAACAAAAAAUCCACUAGGAAACUUACUGUUAGCUGCUGAUUUUUUGAAGAAGAAAACCAAACUUGAAACAAAUGAUAUAAAAAAGAAUAAACUGAGGGAGGCGGUCCAACAGUACCGAGACCUGGCGGCUAAGUUUGUCGAUGCUUGUUACGACAGUGACAGGGAAAUAACUCUUAAAAUGAUUACCAGAAAACUGAAAGAGUUCAGUGAUCAGUCUUGUAUAGACAUGGCUCUGUCUUCAGAGAAUAUGGACUUCUUGGUACAGCCUGCCUGUGUUACACUUCAAACACGAGUCUGGUUGUAUGGCAAUCUCUGGGAUUUUUACACAGAAAACUUUGACCCAACGAAACUUUUGUUUAGAAGAAAGACAGCUGAAUCCAUUGCAGUAGAGUCCAAUUCUUCAGAACAUAAUACUAAAAAAAAGCAUAAAGAAAUACCUAUCAAAACAGCCAUAAGAAAUUACUUUUUAAUCCUUUGUGCCCCAGUGACAAUGUUUUCUCUCAAUGGGAUUGGACUUCUUAUAUUUUUAUUUGUGUUUGGUUUGACUUUUCUGGGUAGAUUUGAACAACACAAAUACCAUAUUUGGUUAGAUUUAUAUCUCCUAUUGUUUGUUAUUGUGAUUAUUCUUGAAGAAAUAUAUGAGUUUGUGAUUGCAGUAAAACAAAAAAAUUGGAGGACAUAUGUACUUGAUGGCUGGAAUAUUGUGGAUUUAACUUCUGUGAUAUUGUUUCUUGUUGGAACAGGACUGCGAGUAGCAGCUUUCUACAGCCCAGACAUAGUCUUGUAUAACCUGGCAAGUAUUUUCUUCAGUCUUGACUUCAUUGUGUUCAGUCUCAGACUAUUACACAACUGCUACAGUAAUCAAGUGUUAGGUCCUACAUUUACCAUGAUUGUUAAGACUAUUGAAAUCCUGAUCAAAUUUCUAUACAUCCUGGCAAUCUUCUGGGCUAGCUAUGCUGUUGCCACUGAGGCUAUCCUCUACCCAAAUAGUGUUCUCAAAAGCAAGACACUUUUUUAUUUGUUUCACAAAGCUUAUUUCCAGAUGUUUGGUGAAUACUUUUUGGAUGAUAUAAUGGCUGAAAAAUCGGAUGAUGCCGACUCGCACUGCACUGAUGAUCCUACUCUGUAUGCUUCCUAUAAAAAGCUCCGGUGUCCCACAUUCGUAGGUCGUUACUAUGUGCCGAUCCUGUUAGGUGUUUAUGUCAUGUUCACAAAUGUUUUACUGAUGAAUCUUAUCACAGCUUCAUUUACGAAGUCCAUCGAAAAAAUCCAACAGAAAGCUACAAAGUUGUGGAGAUUUCAGCUCUUCCAACUGACUAGAGAUUACUCAAGAGUUUUUUUUUUACCUUUGCCAUUUACUUUUAUCUCCAUCUUGGCUCGAAUUGCUAAUUAUGAUCCAAGAGGUGUGGAUGGAUUUUCUGUCACAGAUACAAAAAAUGCACAUUUGAAAAAGAUGUCUUCCUUUGUUGAUGAUCAUAAGAAAAAUGUGGGAAAAUGUCUGAACAGCUCUGAGUUGAAGACAUUGAAACAUUUCCCUAAAUUAUUAAAGAGCAUAGAUUUUUAUUUUGACUAUUUGAAAUUAUUAGCCAACAAAAAGCAUAAAACUCCAAGAGUUGUUUAUGAAAUCGAAGACAUUUUGAUGACAGUCAAAGAUGUAAUCAAUGAAUUUAAAAAAUACACAAUAAGAACUGAACUAAUAAAUACUAUUUCUCAGAAAGAAAGAAAUUUGAGAAAUUCUCAGGUUAAGCAUCUUUCUUCUAGCACUGAAUCCACCUUAAACACAUCAGAUUUACAACUUUGUAUCGAAGAUUUAAUGCAGAGUAACACAAAUAUUUCUGAAAAGAUUUUAAAAAAUGAGACUUUACUGGAGAAGAGAAAUUGGAAAACAAAGAGGAAGCUGACAAAAAGAGCCCAGUAUGAAGUGCAGCGUAAGUUAAGACACACACGAUACAAGGAAACCCCUCGUUUUAGUCCAACUUCUUUAAAACCUUUAAAAGAAUUGUUAGACAAUCUGGAACUUAGUAGACACACUUUUGUUUCUGAGAUCUAUGAGGUGAAAAAAUCUUUUGCUGAUUUAGAAACGUUCAUAGAAGAAGACAAUUUAGUUUCUCAGCUUGAACAGUGCAUUGAAAAAAGCUUUGAGGGUAUCUCAGAGGUCACAGAAUGGAUUGAAAAACUAGAGACAUUGGUCCACGAAGGCAGCUGGUAUGACCCUUCAUCAGAGGAUUAUGAAUUACAAGAGAAGAAUGAAAAACAAAACACUUUGCCUGAAACUUUGUUGCUUGAUAAGAAACUGAAAGCUUUGCGUGGAAUCAAGCGUAGAUUGAAAGUUUUUCUCGACAGCUUCCACUUCAAUAAUGGCAGAGAUCAAAUUGGUGCUGGAGAGAAGGGAACAAUGAAUGAGGAAUGGAAUAGUCAAAUUCGUGGUCUCCAAAUUGCUUUCAAAGAUUAUCAACAUGUCUACCUAGAUGACGAAAUCACACAGAUGCUCAAUGAACUUGAAUGUCUUAUGUUGCAAGAGAACAAUCCCAAAUCCAGUCCUACAAACAUGAGUGCUGUCAUUAGGGAUCUGGAGCUCUUUGUAAUGCAAAGUUACAUUGAACCCAGUCUGCAGGCAGAGUGGAAAGAGAAACAAACUUUUGAUUGGGAUGACCCUGAGAGAUCAGAGUCUGAUAAAGUAGCAGAAGCAACUCAAGGCAAAGGUAUACUAGAUAGUAAAGAUGGCAUAAAAAAAGAUUUCAGAAAUAUGAGCAAAAAUGAGACCAAUGGCAAUAAAGAAAAACUUGAAAUAAUGGAAACUGAGUUUCUAGAAGAAGAAAUCAAAUUCUACUGGAUUCCUACUUACAAAAUAUCAGGGGUACCAUCUACUGAGAGAACAUUCAAUCUGGCUUAUGAUAAAAAGGAGCCAAAGCAUAUAAAAUUUAAUCAAAAAGACAAGAAACACAACAUUGAUAGAAGGAGCUACCUGGGGCGCUAUGAGCUUGAUCAAUACAAUCAGCCUAUCAAUCCACUUUUUGAUCCAGAGAACAAGGCAGGAAAGACUGUUGAGCUUCUUUACUGGGGACCAAAUCAUUUUGGAGUUCCAAUCAUCUCAAGACUGAAACGUGUUGAGAACAAAAUCAUAAGAAAAGAGAAUAAAUUUGUCCUCGAGUUUCUUGUAAUAAGGACAGCAGAGAAAGACCAUUCAACAAAGAAAUAUAAACUACCAGAGGUUCCAUGUGCCCCUGAUAAAGAUCCAUUUAUGGAGUUUAUCAAUAGUUUAGAAAGGGAAGCACGGCCCAGUAUUUCAUUAAGUAAUGAUGUUGAGCUGACCUGGAAACAUCAAGCUAAUGAUAUCAAUGGGUCAAAUAAUCAAAGCAAUGAUAUUCAGCCCUCAUGGAGAAAAAAAUUCAAUAAUGCUUUGAAGAAAAUACGGAAAAUAGUUGGUCUGAAUAAAAAGAUGAAACUCAAGCCAUUGAAUGUUUGCGAGAUGAAACCUUACCAGAAGAUCAAAACUAUGUACAUCGGUCCUGUGAAGGAUGAGAGAUACAUGACAGAGACAAUGUGGCUAAAUAAUGACCAUGUUUCAACCUUUUCUAGAUGUACAUCGGUCCUGUGAAGGAUGAGAGAUACAUGACAGAGACAAUGUGGCUAAAUAAUGACCAUGUUUCAACCUUUUCUAGAUGUACAUCGGUCCUGUGAAGGAUGAGAGAUACAUGACAGAGACAAUGUGGCUAAAUAAUGACCAUGUUUCAACCUUUUCUAGAUGUACAUCGGUCCUGUGAAGGAUGAGAGAUACAUGACAGAGACAAUGUGGCUAAAUAAUGACCAUGUUUCAACCUUUUCUAGAUGUACAUCGGUCCUGUGAAGGAUGAGAGAUACAUGACAGAGACAAUGUGGCUAAAUAAUGACCAUGUUUCAACCUUUUCUAGAUGUACAUCGGUCCUGUGAAGGAUGAGAGAUACAUGACAGAGACAAUGUGGCUAAAUAAUGACCAUGUUUCAACCUUUUCUAGAUGUACAUCGGUCCUGUGAAGGAUGAGAGAUACAUGACAGAGACAAUGUGGCUAAAUAAUGACCAUGUUUCAACCUUUUCUAGAUGUACAUCGGUCCUGUGAAGGAUGAGAGAUACAUGACAGAGACAAUGUGGCUAAAUAAUGACCAUGUUUCAACCUUUUCUAGAUGUACAUCGGUCCUGUGAAGGAUGAGAGAUACAUGACAGAGACAAUGUGGCUAAAUAAUGACCAUGUUUCAACCUUUUCUAGAUGUACAUCGGUCCUGUGAAGGAUGAGAGAUACAUGACAGAGACAAUGUGGCUAAAUAAUGACCAUGUUUCAACCUUUUCUAGAUGUACAUCGGUCCUGUGAAGGAUGAGAGAUACAUGACAGAGACAAUGUGGCUAAAUAAUGACCAUGUUUCAACCUUUUCUAGAUGUACAUCGGUCCUGUGAAGGAUGAGAGAUACAUGACAGAGACAAUGUGGCUAAAUAAUGACCAUGUUUCAACCUUUUCUAGAUGUACAUCGGUCCUGUGAAGGAUGAGAGAUACAUGACAGAGACAAUGUGGCUAAAUAAUGACCAUGUUUCAACCUUUUCUAGAUGUACAUCGGUCCUGUGAAGGAUGAGAGAUACAUGACAGAGACAAUGUGGCUAAAUAAUGACCAUGUUUCAACCUUUUCUAGAUGUACAUCGGUCCUGUGAAGGAUGAGAGAUACAUGACAGAGACAAUGUGGCUAAAUAAUGACCAUGUUUCAACCUUUUCUAGAUGUACAUCGGUCCUGUGAAGGAUGAGAGAUACAUGACAGAGACAAUGUGGCUAAAUAAUGACCAUGUUUCAACCUUUUCUAGAUGUACAUCGGUCCUGUGAAGGAUGAGAGAUACAUGACAGAGACAAUGUGGCUAAAUAAUGACCAUGUUUCAACCUUUUCUAGAUGUACAUCGGUCCUGUGAAGGAUGAGAGAUACAUGACAGAGACAAUGUGGCUAAAUAAUGACCAUGUUUCAACCUUUUCUAGAUGUACAUCGGUCCUGUGAAGGAUGAGAGAUACAUGACAGAGACAAUGUGGCUAAAUAAUGACCAUGUUUCAACCUUUUCUAGAUGUACAUCGGUCCUGUGAAGGAUGAGAGAUACAUGACAGAGACAAUGUGGCUAAAUAAUGACCAUGUUUCAACCUUUUCUAGAUGUACAUCGGUCCUGUGAAGGAUGAGAGAUACAUGACAGAGACAAUGUGGCUAAAUAAUGACCAUGUUUCAACCUUUUCUAGAUGUACAUCGGUCCUGUGAAGGAUGAGAGAUACAUGACAGAGACAAUGUGGCUAAAUAAUGACCAUGUUUCAACCUUUUCUAGAUGUACAUCGGUCCUGUGAAGGAUGAGAGAUACAUGACAGAGACAAUGUGGCUAAAUAAUGACCAUGUUUCAACCUUUUCUAGAUGUACAUCGGUCCUGUGAAGGAUGAGAGAUACAUGACAGAGACAAUGUGGCUAAAUAAUGACCAUGUUUCAACCUUUUCUAGAUGUACAUCGGUCCUGUGAAGGAUGAGAGAUACAUGACAGAGACAAUGUGGCUAAAUAAUGACCAUGUUUCAACCUUUUCUAGAUGUACAUCGGUCCUGUGAAGGAUGAGAGAUACAUGACAGAGACAAUGUGGCUAAAUAAUGACCAUGUUUCAACCUUUUCUAGAUGUACAUCGGUCCUGUGAAGGAUGAGAGAUACAUGACAGAGACAAUGUGGCUAAAUAAUGACCAUGUUUCAACCUUUUCUAGAUGUACAUCGGUCCUGUGAAGGAUGAGAGAUACAUGACAGAGACAAUGUGGCUAAAUAAUGACCAUGUUUCAACCUUUUCUAGAUGUACAUCGGUCCUGUGAAGGAUGAGAGAUACAUGACAGAGACAAUGUGGCUAAAUAAUGACCAUGUUUCAACCUUUUCUAGAUGUACAUCGGUCCUGUGAAGGAUGAGAGAUACAUGACAGAGACAAUGUGGCUAAAUAAUGACCAUGUUUCAACCUUUUCUAGAUGUACAUCGGUCCUGUGAAGGAUGAGAGAUACAUGACAGAGACAAUGUGGCUAAA